AUGGUUCAUUCAUAUGAGAAUCGAGGGCUAGAAGCCCGGAGUAACAGCCUCUCUGAUUCUCGAUCGCGCGUUAUCGAACAAGAACGCAAUGUUGAGCGAGAAGAGAAGCCUCGAAAGCAGAGAAAGCGAGCCCUGGUUGCGUGUACACGAUGCCGGAAAAGAAAGAUAAAGUGCAACGGCGACCUCAACAAUGGUUUGGCUUGCUCAAGCUGCCGUAGUGUUGGCUCAACUGAAUGCCAGUACAUGCGAGUUCACUCCGACACUCCAGAAGAGAUCAAGAAGCGUCUAGCAGGUCUCCCUCCAACAUCUUCUGCUCGCUAUGGAGUAUACCCAAGCCAAGCUCCUAGAAGACAAACUCUCAUCUCUAUGGACUCUCAAUCCCGCAAUCCCUACGGAGAGUAUGAGAUUUCCAUGGACGGCUCCGUCCAGUAUGACGAACAAUCCAACUAUUAUGCCCAGACCUCACCAGGGUACAUGGUCCCAAGUACCCGUGAGGGCACGAUGGUUGACUACAGCACAUGGGGAACGCAAGCCUGCGACCCAGUGCUAAACAGCCGACAAUCCAACGGCGACUACUUUCAAGGAGCAGCCAGCUUAUCUCAAGCCCAAACAGCCUACGGCUUCUCCCACCCCCCAGGAUUGUCAUCCGACAUGAACCAGUCACCAGGCGUGAACAACUCCUUCUCAGAGGUAGAACGUACGCUUCCCACACCCCCAACCUGCCAAAGCCAGCCCCAAUCCCAGCCCCAAGCCCCCGUCACAACAAUGUGCCCCCUCCCCGAAGAACUAUCAGGCAUGACCCUAGCCGCAGACCCAAAGAAUCCAUUCUGGAACUCGCACGCAAGAGGCAUGGCCGUGCCAACCGUCCCCAGCAACGGCUACACAAGCCCACCCGUCAGAACCACCCCAGAAACCGGAACCCCAUCACCAGCCUUGACAUUCGAAUAUAUGCCCAUGGCCACGACGGAGGAUACAACACCACCCCUUCCACCAGCUGCAUCAUCCAUCCCCUCAUCCGUGGCCGGUAACCACACCCUUUACCCAGGCCUCGACACGAUAGACGAGUACCGCAACGGCGACAACCGUCUAGUAUGCAACAACACCUUCUCCCGAGACAAGAGAUCCAAUUCUCGUCUGAAUGCCCUGAUGUCUGACUGUUCUCCCUAUUCUUAUGGGUAUAGUAGUGGUGAGAGGAGUAAGGCUCGUGGUUCCGCGGGUGCCGAUGAAACUCGCUGUUCGGCGCCGACACUUAUGAAUGGCUUGCCUUAUAGUCGUGUUCGGCAUCCGGAGUAUCAUCUGGCUUUGCCGUUUGAUCUUUUGGCUGAUCCGUUCCCUGAGUAUGGGCGUAUUGAGAGUGUGACUCGGCAUCCAAUUUCGCCUUUGGGGUAUCGGGAUGCUUAUUAG